CUUGGGAGUCCUUUAAAAAUGAGCCUUCGAGCCUCAUGAAGACAUUGCAGAGAAACUCUUCACUCUUGUGGAAGUCACACAUUGUCCCAGUAGCAGCUACUUGUGCUGAAUUAGUGCAGUUAUCCACCAAAAUGAUGAUGUUGUGGCUUUCCUGUUUGCUGAUUGGAAGCAUCACCUGUAGGACUCUAGAAAAAGAAGGUCCUGCUGCUGCUCCUGGCUUUUUUUGGAACUUGGGAAGAGUGGGUAGUUCUAGCCCAGGCAGUAGCUCUUCUCUACCCAAGCCAAGCUCUGGUAAACCACUUCAACCUUCUGCUCCUCAUGUCCCCUCCAGUGCUGGCCCUGGCAACCCUGCAUUCAGUGGAUAUGGGGCUCCUAAUGCAGCUUCUCACUCAAGUGGCUAUGGUGACAGUGCUUCAGUUGGAAACUAUGGUGGUGGCCAUGGUAGCUCAGCUAGUGGUUAUGGUGUCAGUGCUCCAGGUGGAAGCUACGGUGGUGGGUAUGGUUACAAUGCUCCAGGUGGAAGCUACGGUGGUGGGUAUAGUGGUUAUGAAGGGGGUAGCUAUGGGUAUGUGGCCCCUCAUGAUGAGAGCUCAAACUUUGGACCUGCUAUUGGUGAUGGUGCCGGCUAUGAAAAUCCUGAGCCAGUCUUCAGUGACGUGUCUGAUCUGGAGCCAGUGUACUCCUACAGCUCUCGUUCAAGCUACCAACGAGGACAAGCAACAUUUGCUCAAAGCCGCUACACCCCAGGAGAACCUGUUCCCCCAUUCCCGGUAUCCAGACGCAGCAGCAAAGCAACUUUCCAACCAAACGCUCCUGCUAAAGCUCCAGCCAAGGGUGGCUUCUAAAGAGCUUUCUGGUCUCAAUGCUCCAGGUGUAUCAUUGCUUCACUGUGACAAUAAAUGACAUUCAGAAUGUA